UGGGGCAUCGGCUGCAGUAGUUGUAAAGAGAGGUGGACCCUGGGUAGGGACAGACCCUCCUACACUACAACACAAAGUACUGCCAGAGGCUGCAAGUGUGGUAAGUAGUGUGGCAUCAUGGGCAACACAAGUGACAGAGUAUCAGGAGAUCGCCAUGGAGGCAAGACCCACCGCUCUGACAGCAGUGGGAGUCACAAAGACCAAGAACCCAGCAGCAAGAUGGUAGAUAGCACAGAUGACCCCAACAUCUUCAACACCCAUGGAACUGAGUCCAAGACAUCAGUAGACAAAGAAUUUACCCCAGAUCUGGAUGACCUGGUUAAAACUGGUCCUCAGGCUCGACCCACUGUGAUACGCUGGGCUGGAGGGGGGAAGGAAGUUUACAUUGCUGGUUCUUUUAACAACUGGAACACAAAAAUACCACUAAAUAAAAGCCAUAACGACUUUGUAGCAAUUCUGGACCUGCCUGAAGGGGAGCACCAGUACAAGUUUUUUGUAGAUGGACAGUGGGUUCAUGAUCCCUCAGAGCCGGUGGUAACCAGUCAGCUUGGCACCAUCAACAACCUAAUCCAGGUGAAGAAGUCAGACUUUGAGGUGUUUGAUGCCCUGCAAGUCGACUCUCUGGAAUGCUCCGACACAUCAGAUCUGUCCAGCUCCCCUCCUGGUCCAUACGGCCAGGAGCAGUACAUCUUCAGGCCCGAAGAGCACUUCAAAGCCCCGCCAAUACUGCCACCUCACCUGCUUCAAGUAAUCCUUAACAAAGACACCAAUAUAUCCUGUGAUCCUGCCCUGCUGCCUGAACCCAACCACGUCAUGCUAAAUCACCUUUAUGCUCUUUCAAUCAAGGAUGGAGUUAUGGUGCUGAGUGCUACUCACAGAUACAAGAAGAAAUACGUCACUUCUCUGCUUUACAAGCCGAUCUAAACCUCCACUCAGACGCUCCAUGGUUCUUGCAGAGAGCAGCAUGUUUGUACUUGGCCAUUUUUUUUUUUGUGGGGGAGGUUGGCUUUCCAUCACAUUUAGCUGAAACUUCCACAGAAACAGGUUUACAGGACUGGGAGGUUCUGAGUGCAGUUGCAGUUCGGUCUAUAUAGGGAUGGAGGUUGUGUGUGUGGAUGUGUUGGGUUAAAGGGAGAUAAUAACCGUACUGUGACUUUUACCAGUGACAAAGAAGACUUGACUAAAUCACUGUGUUAAUGUUACAAAGACAGAAAGAGAUUGUUUUUAGAGGAGGGAUGUCCAUGUCCUAUGUGAUCUUGUCAGGUAGAGGAUGUGUGACGGAUCACGGGAUUCUGAAUGUUACUGGUUUGGUUCAGCAGUUAAGUUUGAAGAACUGUUGUCAUGAUGUCCUUCAUCUGAUUCUGUUAGGGUUUUAACAUAUUUGCUUGAAUGCAUGCAAAAUAUGAAAGAGACGUGACUCUUAGCUACAGACUGUGUUUUUUUUUGUUUUUUUUUUUAUAUACCUGAAGUGCAAUAAUGUGCCGUAAAACAAUUCUGAAUUCUGUUUGUAGAUCCACAUGGACGAUCUCCUGCUCUUGUUUAGGAAGUAGCAGUGAACAACAUAAUAGAGAGCUAUUAGUGUUUCACUCUUUUGUAAAGAUUAGGAUCUCACUUUCAACGUCCCAGGUGGGGAAGUUGGUCAGAAGUCUGUGUUGAGUUUCUGUUGUUGCCUUUAUCCUGAUGUAGGUUUGCGCGCACUUUACCAUCCUGUGAGCAGGAGUGUUGAUGUAAGCUUUUAACUAUGCAGCAAAAUGCUCUCGUACUGUAGCUUCUCAGAUCUAAUUUGCAUCUUCUUAAGAUUUGGAAACUUGCUGUGUUCUACAUAGGCGUGUGCAUCAGUUUUAUUUAUCAAACAUGAAUGCACUGUAUCGAUGUGUUACAUGUAAGGUCAUACACAGAGGCCUGCACACACAAAUGGUUUCAGUAGCCUGCUUGGUUUUGAACGUCUGCAGCUCGUGUGAAUACAAAAACAUUCAGACACUGAAGCAAAGAGUGAUCCUCAAGACUUGAAUUAACAGGGCUAUGAUGAACAGUUGCCAUGAAUUAAAAUGCUGUACAGUUUGCUCACGUGUGUGUUCAUAAAAGUAAGCUAAUGUGUAAUAUUUUGGAACGGUGGUUCUUGUACUGUUUGUUUGCACAUAAAUGCUCCCAUUUGUUAAACUUGUAUAAAAAAAAUUGCUUGUCAUAAAUCCUGUAGUUGUUUGACUAGAUGCUCUAAAACCAUUUUGUGAAUGUGGAGUCUGGCUGAAGUUUUGUUCAAAGAGUUUUUAAGACUUAAAAAUUUGUUAAAGGAGUAUGGACAUUGAGUUUUAAAGCUAAAACCAAAACUUGAAUUUUGCAGCUGUUUCAUGAAUGUUUUAAAAUGUUUUGCAGAAGCAGUGUGAGGAUCCGCUGCACAUGUUUUACUUGUUUGCAAAUAAAGACGGGACAUAAUGGUCCAAUCUUUA